CUGCCCGGCUCGAGCUGGAGGAGGAGCUGCAGCGGCCGCGGCUACUCCGGCAGGUCGGUGGCGCCAGGGGAAGCUGCCGACGGCGCGGGCUGCCGGUCCCAGCGUGCAGGAGGCGCGGGCGGCGCUUGGGCCAUGGAGCCUGGUGACGCGGCGCUCCUCGGCUCGGGGCGGGCGGCCCGGGCGCUGCCACCGCGGCUGCUGCUGCUGCCGCUGCUGCUGGGUCGGGGGCUGCGCGGGGCGGCCGCGGCCUCCUCCUCUGGGGCGGCGGCUGAGGACAGCAGCGCCAUGGAGGAGCUCGCCACGGAGAAAGAGGCAGAGGAGAGCCAUCGGCAGGACAGCGUGAGCCUGCUCACCUUCAUCCUGCUGCUCACGCUCACCAUCCUCACCAUCUGGCUCUUCAAGCACCGCCGGGUUCGCUUCCUGCACGAGACCGGGUUGGCCAUGAUCUACGGGCUCAUCGUCGGGGUGAUCCUGAGGUAUGGCACCACUGCCACCAGUGGUCAUGACAAGUCACUCAGCUGCACUCAGGAAGACAGGGCCUUCAGCACCUUAUUAGUGAAUGUCAGUGGAAAGUUCUUUGAAUACACCCUGAAAGGAGAAAUCAGCCCCGGCAAGGUCAACAGUGUAGAGCAGAACGACAUGCUGAGGAAGGUAACAUUUGAUCCAGAGGUCUUUUUCAACAUUCUGUUGCCUCCAAUUAUUUUCCAUGCUGGGUACAGUUUAAAGAAGAGACACUUUUUCAGAAAUCUUGGGUCUAUUCUGGCCUAUGCCUUCUUGGGGACUGCCGUUUCCUGCUUCAUUAUUGGAAAUCUCAUGUAUGGUGUGGUGAAGCUCAUGAAGAUUGUGGGGCAGCUCUCGGAUAAAUUUUACUACACGGAUUGUCUCUUUUUUGGAGCAAUUAUCUCUGCUACUGACCCAGUGACCGUACUGGCGAUAUUUAAUGAAUUGCAUGCAGACGUGGACCUUUACGCACUUCUGUUUGGAGAAAGUGUCCUAAAUGAUGCUGUUGCCAUUGUACUGUCCUCGUCUAUUGUUGCCUACCAGCCAGCAGGGCUGAACACUCACGCCUUUGAUGCUGCUGCCUUUUUUAAAUCAGUUGGCAUUUUUCUAGGUAUAUUUAGUGGCUCUUUUACUAUGGGAGCUGUGACUGGUGUCGUGACUGCUCUAGUGACCAAGUUUACCAAGCUGCACUGCUUUCCCCUGCUGGAGACUGCACUCUUCUUUUUGAUGUCGUGGAGCACGUUCCUCUUGGCUGAAGCCUGUGGGUUCACAGGUGUGGUAGCUGUCCUUUUCUGUGGAAUCACACAAGCUCAUUACACCUACAACAAUCUGUCAGUGGAAUCCAGAAGCCGAACGAAGCAGCUCUUUGAAGUAUUACACUUCCUGGCAGAGAACUUCAUAUUCUCCUACAUGGGCCUGGCACUGUUUACCUUCCAGAAGCACGUUUUCAGCCCUGUUUUCAUCAUUGGAGCUUUUGUUGCCAUCUUCUUGGGCAGAGCUGCCCACAUCUACCCACUUUCCUUCUUCCUCAACUUGGGCAGAAGGCACAAGAUUGGCUGGAAUUUUCAACACAUGAUGAUGUUUUCAGGCCUCAGGGGAGCGAUGGCAUUUGCACUGGCCAUCCGAGACACAGCAUCCUACGCACGCCAGAUGAUGUUCACGACCACUCUCCUCAUCGUCUUCUUCACUGUCUGGAUCAUUGGUGGAGGCACGACACCCAUGUUGUCAUGGCUUAAUAUAAGAGUUGGCAUCGAGGAGCCCUCCGAAGAGGACCAGAACGAACACCGCUGGCAGUACUUCAGAGUUGGUGUUGACCCAGAUCAAGACCCACCACCCAACAAUGACAGCUUCCAAGUCUUACAAGGGGAUGGUUCAGAUUCUGCCAGAGGAAACCGAACAAAGCAGGAGAGUGCGUGGCUAUUCAGGCUGUGGUACAGCUUUGACCACAAUUACUUGAAGCCCAUCCUCACGCACAGUGGCCCCCCAUUAACCACCACUCUUCCAGCCUGGUGUGGCUUGCUCGCUCAAUGUCUAACCAGUCCCCAGGUAUAUGAGAACCAAGAGCCACUGAGAGAGGAAGACUCUGAUUUCAUCCUGACUGAGGGCGACCUCACCUUGACCUUCGGGGAUAGCGCAGUGACUGCGAAUGGCUCCUCAGGGUCCCACACGGCCUCCAUGAGCCUCGAGGGUGGUCGGAGAAUGAAGAGCAGCUCUGAGGAGGUGCUGGAACGAGACCUGGGAAUAGGAGACCAAAAGGUUUCCAGCCGGGGCACCCGCCUGGUGUUCCCCUUGGAGGAUAAUGUGCGCCUUCCUGCCCAGAGCCCUGAGUGAUGGGGUUGGGGAGGACCCACUGGCGGGGUGAGGAUGGCUGCAAGCCCCAGCAUUGUUGAGGUGGGGCCUUGACUGAAUGGAACUAACACUUCUGUUUUAUUGGGGUCUAAAAGAUAUCUUAACAUUUAAAAUUUCAGCCAAGAUGCAGCUGGUGGGGUGAAAGUGUCUCUAAAUCAAGGCAAAUGCAGACCUAUUCCCACUUUUUUCACAUUGUAGUGCGCUGUUCAGAGUUAAACAAAUAGCAUGCUUUAACGCUGUCUUCAUUCAUUCACCUGCAGAUCUGAACAAGGUGUGGCAGGUGCUGGGGGUUCCUCCCAGGAGAGGCUUCGUAUCCAGACACAGCAGUGUAGGUUUCAUUGGCUGUGGGCAUACAAAGGGAGAACAGGCUAAGAUUGUGAAGGAUGACAGUUGCUAUUGGACCUCCAAGGACUGUGAGCAACUGAUGUUAAAUGGACAGAAAACAUGAGAAAGCAAUUUGACUGGAGGCUCCAGCAACGAGGUUGUGUGACUGCACCCUCCUAUCAGGAUUCCUGCCCCUUUUUGACUCCCUGUGUUUCUUUUAGACUGAAGACUGGAAAAUAUGUCCAUGAACAUUUCAACAUGGAGGAAUGAAUUCCAAUUCCUUCUCUGGAAAUCUCCAUAAGGAAGAAGUUACUGGAAUGUUUGAAACCAAAGGCAAAAUAGUGUUAUACUGUUGUUUUUAACUAAUCUGAGGACAGGAAAAACUGUUUAGAAACUGAUGGUGAUAUCACUGCAAAAAUCUAUAAGUUCUCAAGGUAUUCCAUAUGAGCUGACUGCCUGGGAAAUAAUGAAUAGGAUUGGGUUCUACUGUGACUUUAGAAAUAACACCAUAAUUUGUGGAAUGCAGUCUUAUCUAUGAAAGAGAAAGCAGCAAGAAGCCUCAGAGGCAACAGGCUAGUAUUCAGAGGGAAGAAAUCUCACUGCAAACAAAAUUAACUGCAAAGAAAAUACAAGACAGUAUUCUAAUGACUGAGUAGAAUUCCGAAUUUUGAAUUCAUAAAUGCAUGAGAUUUCAGUGGCCACAUGAGGAAUCAGAGGUACAGUAAAUUGAGGGCAUUUCGUGACCAAGACUUACAGUUUAGAAACAACCCACCUGAAUGCUGCUUUCACCAUGUGGAUACCUGAAAAGACCUCUCCUCUCUCUAAAACCUAAUAAGAACAGUCUACAGAGAAGUAUUCUGGAAACCAAUGCUAGUGUCUAAUGGGGAAAAGCAAGUAGGCUCUUUGACAAUCCUUUCAAAACAAGACCUAGAAAUAAACCCUUUUUCUUCCAGUUCUGCGUUUCAUGAGCAGAGUUUCUGUAAAUUAACAAACCCAUCUUGUCAGCCAGUGCUAACACAAAUUGUAAAGAGCAAAACCAAAGUUUUUGAUGUUUUAUUUUUGUAAGGUUAUACUCUAAUCACAGCCCACAUGACACACACAGGCAGCCAGUUUUCUGCUACAUGAGCCUUGGAGAAAACAACAAGGAGGGCUUCCUGUUCUGCUGCCCUUUGAAAAGGUCUGCAACAGACACAAGAGUGCUUAGGAGAGGUCACUUUCUUACCCUGAUGACCACCUUUUGGGAAAGCUUCACAGAACUGCCAAGUGUCAUAGUCAGCUCGACUCUUGGCCAGUGGAAAAUUAUCUGGGUGGGCCUGUAUGUGUUGGAGGAACUCAGAUGGAAAAGGACUUGGAAAUAUCAUGAAGAACUCUACAUUUGCUGUCUAAAGCACUUCAAACAAGUUAAGAUCCCAGUGUCAGUGGGUGAGUGUCUUAACUGCAUGGACAUUUGGGGGUCGACUUUAGUUGUGGUAUUCCAGCUGUGAGCUUUGGAGAAGCAAUGGGGUGGUUUUUCAGUCAUGUGGGUAUUAUUAAGUCUAUGGGUUUGGAAUCUGUCACUGAAAUCACUCAUUCAAAAGUAUGACUUCAUAGUAGGGUCACUUAGGUUUGUUUUUAAAGAAAAUACAUCUGGUAUUUCUUACUUAGGAAGUUUUACUAUGUCCAUUAAAAUGAUUAAAUGGGGAGGCCACCAAGAUUCAUUUAAUAGCUGAAAAGCAGUUUUUUAAAUAGACUAGGAUGAAUUUAAUUGGGGCUGAUGUGACCUUCAGGGGAAUUUUUUAUAGACAGCCUCCAUACUGUAAUUGGGGAAAUUUUUGUCUUUUACUUCCAUUCAAUAGUAGCAAACUGGUGGUUUUAUAAAAUCAACAUAGUGUGUUAUAUAAACAUGUUAUAUAAAAUAAUAUUAAAACAUGUCUAACUGUGAAAACGUGAAGAUUUGGAGUUAUCAGCAACCUUUAUGUGCAAUAAAGAAAACUGGAGUUAGGCCCCCAACGUGUUCCUUCUCCCUAGCAUUUUACUUAAUGUUUGCCUUUGUGUAUAUGUUUAGAUUGAUAUUAUAAAGCUAGCUACAUGUUUUCCUCCCCUUUACUGAUAUUUAACACAUUUUUCUCAAGGCCUUUUUUUCUUUCCUUUUUUUUUUAACAAAAAUCAAAAUAAAAAGAUUAACUGGCUGAGCUCAUCUUGUUUCAUACUUUUAAAAGCAUUGUCCAUUAGUAGAAGAAUGCAGUAUGGGCCUGUUCUUAGUCUGUUUCUUUCCCACACAGAGAGGUUCUGUUCUGGGUGGAAACUAUUCCUCUCCAACUUCAUUUAAAACAGAGAUGGACAAAUUACAGUGACCCCUGGAUCAAAUCCAGUCUACUGCUUGCUUUUUUUUUCUUUUUUUUUUUUUUACUGCUUGCUUUUGUAAAUAAAGUUUUAUUGGCAUACACUCUA